AUGUUCUCUGUCCGUUAUUGUUGUACAGCUCCAAAGAAUUAUAUCUUUUGGAACUCUAUAUCCUCCUCUCGCAUUUUGAUCCUGAACUACUGUGGAGUCUUAAUGCUGUUGGCUUCCCGAUGGUUGUCAUGUUCGGGCCUUGUUUCACUGAGCUCUGCCCGUCGUAAUUUCACAUCUGCGGUCGCUUGUUGCCAAGCCCAUGACAGCACGAGGAGGAUGCUAGUGAAAGACUUUCCAAUUGGACUUGGGACAUUUGCAAUCCCACCGGAUCACGUUCCAGCAGCCAUUUCCUCUGCUAUUAAACUUGGCUAUCGACGAAUCGAUUGUGCCCCAGUAUAUUUCAAUGAAGACAAGAUUGGUGACAUACUUCAGCAAGAGCUGGAAAAGGACGAUCUAGAACGAAAGGAUUUGUUUGUAGUUUCCAAACUGGCCAGUCCGUUUCACCGCAAGGAGCACGUCAAAAUUGGAUUACAAAAGACUUUGUACGACUUGAGGCUCGAUUAUUUGGAUUUGCUAUUGAUUCAUUGGCCGACCGCAUUCACCUUCGUCCCCAUUAAAGUGAAUCAAAGGGGAUAUCCCGACGAAGAAAUUGACGAAUCCGAUGGUGGCAAACGCAUCGACCCAACUGUCUCCAUUCAUGAAACAUGGAAGGCUAUGGAAGAUUUGGUAGAAGAAGGCCGUGUGCGGUCGAUUGGAGUGUCCAACUUUCCAGUCUCGCUCUUACACGAACUCAUGACACAAUGCAAAAUCCCACCAGCCGUCAACCAAGUGGAACUACAUCCCUACCUGCAACAACCCAAACUACUAGAGUAUUGUACCAAACGAGGAAUUCAUCUUCAAGCCUACUCGCCGUUAGGAACCCCAGGAUACAAGGAAGAUGGUGAACCGGACGUAAUGAAGGAUCCCGUCUUGGUGGAGAUUGCAAAGAAGCACGAGAUUACGGUUGCUCAAGUCUGUCUAGUUUGGGCGUUGCAGCGAGGUACCUCGGUAGUUGCAAAGAGCGCCUCUCCACAGCGACAGGAAGAAAAUCUUGCCAUGGCUAUAAGGGAUCCAAAGAUUGCGUUGACAGAAGAGGAAAUGGAUCAAAUUUCGGAUUUGGACCGGGGAUACCGCUUUUUCCGACCAGAAGAUUGGUGGGGUAGCAUGGGGAUGGCCGUAUUUGAUUGA